AUGUGGAUAUUAUUACAAUAUAUCUCUAAUGCAAAAUCAAUAGAAAAACAAUUGGCCAGUGGUUCUUCUACAGCUUCAGUUUUGGGUUUACCAUCAAGUGCUGGACUUGAUACAGAAAAUCGAGAAUUAGUUUUACAAAUUUUUAAUGUUCUUUAUACUGAUAAUUCGAUGAAUUGGGGCAAUUCUUGUUCAACAGAACAGCCAUUGGAAAUGGUCCGUUUCUUCGCCCCAGCUGCAAUAUGGUCUCAUCUGGUCACAUCAAUUUCUGCGGCACCAGGAUCUGAACAACUUCCACAGCCUCAACCACCUGAAAAACUUCGAAAAUUAAUUGAUUUUAUUGAGAAUCAAUUACGAGAUAAUAAAGACCAAAAACAAUUGGAAAGAAAUACUGCAUUAUUAGCUGUUGUAGCCAAUUCAUAUAGUAAUAAUCAUGAUGUUUUUGUUGAACAUGUAAAUAAUACUGUCUUUCCUGAAUUGUCAAAAGUCGGGCAACAACGAAAUCAGACAAUAUCUCCAACAAUUCAACAAGAAAAAUGGACACUUCCAUGUGGUCGUAAAACAGAGCCAUUCCUUCGUGCUUUAGAAUUAACAUUUUUGGAUUCUUUAACAUUUCAUGCUAAACGUCAAUUAUAUAAUUAUGCUCUAAAUCGUGUUUUUAAAUUAAUAUUACCUCCAUUAGGGCAUCAACAACAACAACCAUCUCCACCUAUUUUUAGAUUACCUUCUCCUGCUUUAGUAGAAAGUAUUGCACGUCUUUUACUUAGUACUGAAUUAUGUGACCAAGAUGGAGCAAAUUUCUUUUAUCAUGCCCUCUUAACAUUAAAACCUGUGCAAAAUGAGUCACAAAAUAUGUUUUUGGCACGAAAUGAUUUUUUGGCACUUCUCUUGGAAUUAUUAAAUUUUCGACUUCAAAAUAUUGGAUUUGGGUGGAAAUGGGAUUUUGGAAAUAGAAUAACUUUUAUACUAAAAAUUAUUGAUCAAUUAUUACAUAAUAAAUCUAUUGAACAAUCACCUAUGCCAGUUAUUAUUCAAAUGGCUCAACUUUUAGAACAAACUUUGUUACGUUUCGCGCAGUGCACUUUUCCAAAUGAUUUGAUUAUUGCUUCAGCUGUUGUACUUACAAAAACAUAUAUUGUUAAAUUUUCGCCGGAGAUUUGCCGCAUUUUACUUCUCAAAGCUAUUCGUGCAUUCAAAUUAUUAGGAGAUGUUUACAAACCCUCCACUGGAAACCUUUCCACUGAUGUUCAACCAAUUCAAGCCGCAGAUGAAAAAACAUUGAUGGAUAUGAUUCCACAAUUAGGCUGGCAAUGGCCGAGAUUUGAACUUCAAUGGUUUCCAACAAAUUUACAACAAGUUCUACAUAAACAAAUGGCUAAAAAUGAAGAAGAAUUGACUGCUAAACAUUCUCAAAAAUUAUUAGAAUUGGAACAAGCAAGUGCUCAAGAAAUGCAAAAUUUGGUGCAUUUAAAUAUUGAAUAUUUUAUGGUAAUUUUUAAUAAAAAAAUUUCCUUGAAAUAAAUUAUUUUUCUCAGCAACCUCGUCCAUCUUCACAACCUCCUACUCUCUUUAUUUCCAUUUUCCGCUGUCUUUACCAAUCUCAAUUUACAAAUUUUCAAUUCCCACAACCUCAAAACCCUCCACCUUCAUCAACAC